AUUUGGAAGCUAGGAAGUGGCUGUUUCAUUCUCAGAAGUCAAGCGUCCUAGAUUGUUAUUUUAGAAACAGAGGUCUACGUUGUGAGUUAUAUUUUAUAGAUAUUUAAAGAUGCAUACAUACAUGUUUUCUUAACACUAGAAAACAGUUUGGGUUGAACGAUCAAACGCUUAUUUAGCAAAGGACGGAUUGCUAGCUAGCUGUGUUGUUAGCCAGACCAGAUAUUUUUGAGCUAGCCAGACCAGAUACUUUUGACAGGCAUGUAACGUCACUAGUUAGCAUUAGCCACCAACUCAAGAACAAUAUAUAGCCUGCGAAUUCUAGCAAAUUGUUAGCCAGCCAGCUAGCUAUCACAUUCAGUUGUAAAGUUAGCUAUGAAACUUUUUUUCGGUUAACAAUGUUAUUCUGUUGGUGUUUUGCUUGAGUGUAAUGUUUUGUCUGGAAUGCCAAUUUCAAUAACUAGGCCUCACUGUGCAGGGGCAAAUGUAAUUGCAUUUAGGCCUAAUGAAAUAAACAGACUUUAGUAUUGCCUGUUAUAUUGACUACCUAACUAGAUAUAUGUAGAUGUGCCAUUGAAUGAGAUGAGUGAUUUAAUUGUUAACGAUAUAGUAUUGACAUCAAACUUCAAAAUCGUUUUUCUAGGUAACACUCCAAACAUGGCAUCAAAAGGCACCAAGGAGACCAUUGUCAACAAGUUAGGCUUUAAAUCCAGUGGCUCAAAACAGGCAGAAGUGGAAAUGGACAGACUCAGGAAGGAAAAUGCUCAUCUGAAGCUGAAGAUGGAUGAAAUAUCAAAACGGACUGCGAGGCCACCAGACUCUGACAAAAGCAAACUGCUAGAGGUAGCAACAUGACAAGGCAUAGUAGCUUGUGCAGAAAUACUAUUUUGAGACGUUUAGGCUAAGCAGUAUUGCCAGCCCAAUGAUUAUUAUAACGUUAUAGAGUCCAAAUGUAAUGUGGUUGAUACAGUAGUGAUGACGUAGCCUACAUCCAUAAACAGGAAAUAUUUGAAACCAAAACAACCUUUUCACUCAAUAUAUUCAUAAACUUGUUGUGACCAUCAUUCACUUUCACCAUAUGACUUUGUAGAAGUCUGGGUUUAGCAUUCUGAGCAUCAUGGGUGUGUCCUUUUGUAAACCGUUGCUUUUGAAAUUCUGCCUUGACUGAGUUGUGAUAUGCUCAUUUUAAACAUUUUUGUGCACUACCAAAUUUCAUUCAAUUCAUUAAAAUGUUGCAAUUGAUUGCAGAGGAUUCUGUCUCUGGAGACGUUGCGGGAGAGGAACACUCAGCAGCUGUUGGCCAAGGACAAGGAGCUGGAGACUCUGAGACAACAUCUGCGUUCCAGUGGGGGAGAGGUGGUGGCCUCGCUCCAGGCUCAGCUGGACCAGGGGAGGAGAGCGGCCGAGCACAGAGAGAAACUGUUCCACUCCCUCUCGGAGGAGACAGGGAAUCUGAAGAACAAAUUGGUGGCAGUGUCUGCAAGGUGUCAGGCACUGGAGAAACAGGGUCCUGAUGUACAGGUCGGUGAGAGGAAUCUUCAGGCUGCUGAGGGGGCCUAGACUUUGAUCCAUUUUGUUAACCUAGGCUCAGUUAUGGUGAGAAUGUACACUAUAUAUACAAAGGUAUGUGGACACCUCUUCAAAUUAGUGGAUUCGGCUAUUUUAGCCACACCCAUUGCUGACAGGUGUAUAAAAUCAAGCACACAGCCAUGCAAUCUCCGUAGAUCAAACAUUGGCAGUAGAAUGGCCUUACUGAAGAGCUCAUUGACCUUCAACGUGGCACUGUCAUAGGAUGCCACCUUUCCAAUAAGUCAGUUCGUCAAAUUUCUGCCCUGCUAGAGCUGCCCCGGUCAACUGUAAGUGCUGUUAUUGUGAAAUGGAAAUGUCUAGGAGCAACAACGGCUCAGCUGCGUUGUGGUAGGCCACACAAGCUCACAGAACGGGACCGCCGAGUGCUGUAGCGCGUAAAUAUAGUCUGUCCUCGGUUGCAAAACUCACUACCGAGUUCCAAACUGCCUCUGGAAGCAACGUCAGCACAAGAACUGUUCAUCGGGAGCUUCAUGAAAUGGGUUUCCAUGGCCAAGCAGCCGCACACAAGCCUAAGAUCAUCAUGCACAAUGCCAAGCGUCGGCUGGAGUGGUGUAAAGCUCACAGCCAUUGGACUCUGGAGCAGUGGGAAUGCGUUCUCUGGAGUGAUGAAUCGCGCUUCACCAUCUGGCAGUCCGACGGACAAAUAUGGGUUUGGCGGAUGCCAGGAGAACGCUACCUGCCCCAAUGCAUAGUGCCAACUGUAAAGAAAUGGUUUGUCAAGAUCGGUGUGGAAGAACUUGAUUUGCCUGCACAGAGCCCUGACCUCAACCCCAUCGAACACCAUUGGGAUGAAUUGGAACACCGACUGCAAGCCAGGCCUAAUUGCCCAACAUCAGUGCUCGACCUCACUAAUGCUCUUGUGGCUGAAUGGAAGCAAGUCUCCGCAGCAAUGUUCCAAUAUCUAGUGGAAAGCCUCCCCAGAAGAGUGGAGGCUGUUAUAGCAGCAAUGGGGGGACCAACUCCAUAUUAAUGCCCAUGAUUUUGGAAUGAGAUGAAAGACGAGCAGGUGUCCACAUACUUUUGGCCAUGCAGUGUAUGUGUGACAAGAAGACACUGUUGGUCCUCCAUAUUCAAAUGUUACAGUUUCCUGUAUGAAUGUUGUGGUUAUGGGGCAUUCCAAAACUCAAAGAGAAAUUUUAUUUUUACACUCUAGAUGGCAGCAGUUGCUUUCUGAAUGUCAUGUCCUCUGACGUAAUACUUGUUUACUCUCAGAUCAGGUGGCUCUGUGAUAUGAGGAAAACCAGUAGUCUUAUUCAUAGAGAGAGCUCGUUUUAUAUCUCUGUCUCCAACUUUCGAAUAACCAUGAGGUCAUGACAGGGCCUCCUCACCGAGGGCAUUACCAUACUGUACAUAAUUCCCCCCAUAUGCUCAGUCAGUCUUGGUAUUACAGGACGGGAUAACCAUCUGGAAGAAGUUCACGAGCUUAUGAACCCAUGACUUCUCUCGAGGUGGAGUUAAGGGCCUGAGCCAGGGGAGAACGACUGCUCCCCUCUCCUUGAAGCCGCGGAAGUUCAAGUUCGACUGUGGUACUGCAGGCAUUGUUAGAAGACAGGAUCUCCCAUUAUAGGGAAUGGAAAAAUGGCGAUCUUCGUGGUCAAUCAUCUGUAAAUAAAAAAAUGUUUCGAAGAGAAUCAUGGUACUAAUAAUUGCUUCUAAUACACUAGAUGUAUGUCCUUGAACCGAUUAUUUAAAAAUCGCACACAGAAGUUCUAAGGAUAAUUUACUUUCUAAUGUCAGCCUGCAGUACCCCGGUCGGCCUUCAACUUUAUAUACUCGAUGAGCGGGGGCAGCACUGCGCUAGCCUGCAAUAUCACUUCCUGGAGUAGCUCAAACUGUGCAUGUUAUCUCCAGGGGUGGGUACACUCACCUCCGUAUGUAUUUGGACAGUUAAGCUACAAUUUUAAAUUUGGCUCUAUACUCCAGCAUUUUUGAUUUUAUAUAGAAUGCUUCAUAUAAUGCCACAGUACAGAAUAUCACCUUUUUAGUUGAGAGUAGUUUCAUACAUAUCUGUUUUAUCGUUUAGAAAUGGAGGCACUUUAUGUGUCUAGUCCCUCCAUUUGAAGAAGCCAUAAGUAUUUGGACAAAUUCACUUAUAGUGUAUUAAAGUAGUCAAAUGUUUAGUAUUUGGUCCCAUAUUCCUUGCACUCAACGACUACAUCAUGCUUGUGACUCUACAAACUUGUUGGAUGCAUUUUCAUUUUGUUUUUGUUGUGUGCGGAUUAUAUUUUGCCCAAUAGGAACUGAAUAGUGAAUAAUGUAUUGUGUAAUUUUGGAGUCCCUUCUAUUUAUGUUUUUGAACACUUAUACAUUUAUGCGGAUGCUACCAUGAUUAUGGAUAAUCGUGAAUAAUGAGUGAGAAAGUUGGAGGCAUAAAUAUCAUACCCCCCCAGAAAUGCUAACCUCCCCUGUUAUUGGUAAUGGUGAGAUGUUAGCAUGUUUUGUUAUAGUCUCUGUAACCUUCUCACUCAUCAUUAUUCAUGAUUCAUUCAUUAUUUUUCUAAGUGUUCGGAAACAUCUACUCACAAAGAAAAUGACUCCAGUCAUCAUUCACCAUUUCAGUUCCUAUUGGGCAAAACAUAAUGCAAAUCAAACUGCAAAUGCAUCCAACAAGUUUGUAGAGUGACAAGCUUGAUGUAGUCAUUGCGUGCUAGGAAUAUAGGACCAAAUACUAAACUUUUGACUACUUUAAUACACUUUAAGUGUAGGUUUCUUUCUGCAUAGAAAAGUAUUCGGCGGGCCCCCUAAGUGUUUUUCGGGCCACCUAUGUCUAAACAGUAUUUGUUUUAAAUACUUUUUGGAUGGAAAAACAUUUUCAGUGUAAACUUAAAUGACUAAAACCAUAGUAUGUAGAAAAGAUAAUGGACCCAUAUAUUUUAAAAUAAGAUCAUCUUUGAGAACUAACAAUCACCAAAAUAAAAGCUAGACAGUCGGGGAGAAUACAAAAUUCCAUAAAUUCUCAGGAAUAUUUUUGUCAGUUUUAAAGCUAAUUUCCUGCCAUUCUACACAUUUUGCAAUGGCUUAUGCUAUCUGAGUGACUCAAACAUUAUAACAAAAUCCAUGGGGUUGUUAUAAUGUUUGAGUCACUCAGAUAGCAUAAGCCAUUGCAAAAUGUGUAGAAUGGCAGGAAAUUAGCUUUAAAACUGCAACAAAAAAAUCUCAUCCUCUUGGCAAAAUGGGUAGAAUUGCAGGAAAUUAGCUUUAAAACAGCUACAUUUUGUCACUGUGGCCAACAGGAGGGCCUCUAAAAUGUUGGGUCGUUGACUGCACCAUUAGCCAUGCCCAUGGCCACGCCCACCACCUAAGCCCCAUUUUGAUGCUGAAAAAACCCUGUAAGUCACGUGUCAAAAUUAUUCCAUGGAGGGCCAAGUGUCUGCGGGUUUUCGCUCUUCCCUUGUACUUGAUUAAUUAAAUAGUGUCACUAAUUAGUCAGGAUCUCCUCUCACCUGGUUGUCUGUCUUAAUUGAAAGGAAAAACCAAAAACCUGCAGACACUAGGCCCUCGAUGGAAUGAAUUUGACACCCCUGCUUUAAGUGAAUUUGUCCAAAUACCUAUGACUUCAAAUUGGGGGACUAAAUGCAUAAAGUGGUUUCAUUUUUAAAAGGUGAAACGGAUAUGUAUGAAAUACCCUAAAAUAAAAGACGACUAUGUACUGUCGCCUCGUAUGAAACAUUUAAACAUCUAAAAUCCAAAAUGCUGGAGUAUAGUGGCAUAUAUAUAUAUAUAUAUAUAUACACACACACACACACACAGUGGGGAAAAAAAGUAUUUAGUCAGCCACCAAUUGUGCAAGUUCUCCCACUUAAAAAGAUGAGAGAGGCCUGUAAUUUUCAUCAUAUGUACACGUCAACUAUGACAGAAAUUGAGAUUUUUUUUCCCUGAAAAUCACAUUGUAGGAUUUUUAAUGAAUUUAUUUGCAAAUUAUGGUGGAAUAUAAGUAUUUGGUCACCUACAAACAAGCAAGAUGUCUGGCUCUCACAGACCUGAAACUUCUUCUUUAAGAGGCUCCUCUGUCCUCCACUCGUUACCUGUAUUAAUGGCACCUGUUUGAACUUGUUAUCAGUAUAAAAGACACCUGUCCACAACCUCAAACAGUCACACUCCAAACUCCACUAUGGCCAAGACCAAAGAGCUGUCAAAGGACACCAGAAACAAAAUUGUAGACCUGCACCAGGCUGGGAAGACUGAAUCUGCAAUAGGUAAGCAGCUUGGUUUGAAGAAAUCAACUGUGGGAGCAAUUAUUAGGAAAUGGAAGACAUACAAGACCACUGAUAAUCUCCCUCGAUCUGGGGCUCCACGCAAGAUCUCACCCCGUGGGGUCAAAAUGAUCACAAGAACGGUGAGCAAAAAUCCCAGAACCACACGGGGGGACCUAGUGAAUGACCUGCAGAGAGCUGGGACCAAAGUAACAAAGCCUACCAUCAGUAACACACUACGCCGCCAGGGACUCAAAUCCUGCAGUGCCAGACGUGUCCCCCUGCUUAAGCCAGUACAUGUCCAGGCCCGUCUGAAGUUUGCUAGAGUGCAUUUGGAUGAUCCAGAAGAGGAUUGGGAGAAUGUCAUAUGGUCAGAUGAAACCAAAAUAUAACUUUUUGGUAAAAACUCAACUCGUCGUGUUUGGAGGACAAAGAAUGCUGAGUUGCAUCCAAAGAACACCAUACCUACUGUGAAGCAUGGGGGUGGAAACAUCAUGCUUUGGGGCUGUUUUUCUGCAAAGGGACCAGGACGACUGAUCCGUGUAAAGGAAAGAAUGAAUGGGGCCAUGUAUCGUGAGAUUUUGAGUGAAAACCUCCUUCCAUCAGCAAGGGCAUUGAAGAUGAAACGUGGCUGGGUCUUUCAGCAUGACAAUGAUCCCAAACACACCGCCCGGGCAACGAAGGAGUGGCUUCGUAAGAAGCAUUUCAAGGUCCUGGAGUGGCCUAGCCAGUCUCCAGAUCUCAACCCCAUAGAAAAUCUUUGGAGGGAGUUGAAAGUCCAUGUUGCCCAGCGACAGCCCCAAAACAUCACUGCUCUAGAGGAGAUCUGCAUGGAGGAAAGGGCCAAAAUACCAGCAACAGUGUGUGAAAACCUUGUGAAGACUUACAGAAAACGUUUGACCUGUGUCAUUGCCAACAAAGGGUAUAUAACAAAGUAUUGAGAAACUUUUGUUAUUGACCAAAUACUUAUUUUCCACCAUAAUUUGCAAAUAAAUUCAUUAAAAAUCCUACAAUGUGAUUUUCUGGAGAGAAAAAAUCUCAUUUUGUCUGUCAUAGUUGACUUGUACCUAUGAUGAAAAUUACAGGCCUCUCUCAUCUUUUUAAGUGGGAGAACUUGCACAAUUGGUGGCUGACUAAAUACUUUUUUCCCCCACUGUAUAUAUAUAAUUUAUUUAUUUCAAUGCUUCACUGUCGGAGGUAAGUGUAUAUCCCAGCCAGUCUUACUACUGCCGCUGCUAAGAAGUGGCUGGGUCACUGACUGGUUAAAGGACACCCAAGGCAUUAGAUUAUUGGAUGCAGUACAUACUGUAACUAAAAGAUGCUUUGGGUUAAGCUUUCUUCCCUUUUUAUGAUUUGAUUAUAAGGGUCUCUUAGCAACCAAUAAUAGUCUCCCACAGACUCACAUAGAACAUACCAUGUCUUCAUGUAGAAAAAGAUUGUAUCUUGUUUACACCUAUGUAAUCGUUUUGAUAUAGGCUAAUACCUGUGUUUCUUUACGAUUUGAUAAUGGCCAGGUCCCCACCGGUGAGGUUGCAGUAGUUCAGGAUCACUUGAGAGAUGUGAGUUGAACAACUUGUCGAGAUUAAAAAUGCCAUCGGUGUCUUUCUUUGAGUGCAAAGGAACAUUUUAUAAUCUAACCCUAACCCCCCAAGUAUGUGUUUUUCCUCGGUUACGAAAGGCUUUGGAGAACAACCAACAGUGGCUGGUUUAUGAUCAGCAGCGAGAGGCCUAUGUCAAGGCAGUCCUGGCCAGAACCCUUGAGUUCGAGCAGCAACUAAAUCAAGCCAACCAAGCACUCCAACAACAACACAAAGAAGGCAAUUCAGACGGUAAAAAAAGAGUCCUCUGAGCCUUCAGCGCAGUGUGGGAUUUGGCACGCGUUUGCUGUCAAGAGUAAAUCCACCGUUAAAUCGGCAGAUCCCAAAAUACAUUAUAAAGGCUGAUUUCAGACUAGACAUUUUUUCCCAUGUGGUUAAAAUAAUUAUCCUUAAUAAUUAUUAUAAUAUUCGAACCCUACUUCCUUUUCCCCAGCACCAGAGAAGUCUUCGUCCCAGCUGCAGGAGUACUACGACAAGCUGCUGUUGCAGGCCAAGCGGGACGUGGAGGCCCAGAAGGACACGGCAGCGCAGGCCCAGGGGGAGCUGGGUGAGCUCCAGAGGCGGUACGAGGAGCGCUGCAGGGAGUUGGUCGAGGCCAGGCAGCAGCUCCAGGCCGAGCACCUUAGCAGCAGACACAGAGUCGGCGAGGAGAGGAAGUGCUCGGCUGACCGCGCCGACAGGAUGAGGUCCGAGCUGGACAGCAUGGACGCCAGCCUGGCGUCCGAGAGGAAGAGGUCUGCCGAGCUGCUGCUGCAGGUAUUGUUAUACGCCAGGGAGAUGUGGACUUGGUGUCUUUAUUAUGCAGUUUUGUUUGACCAGGUGAGUUGAUUAUAAAGCAUUCUCUUUUGCAACCACGGCCUGUGGAAAUGUUGCCGGGGAGAGGUUGGAGUUUAAUUGAGCAGUUCAAUAUAGUUGGGGAUUUAUUGACAUUCACAACAUGACCGAAAGUAUGUGGACACCUGCUCUUUGAACAUCUCAUUCCAAAAUCAUGGCCAUUAAUAUGGAGUUGGUCCCCCCUUUGCUGCUAUGACAGCCUCCACUCUUCUGGGAAUGCUUUCCACUAGCUGUUGGAACAUUGUUGCGGGGACUUGCUUCCAUUCAGCCACAAGAGCAUUCGUGAGGUCGGGCACUGAUGUUGGGCAUUCCAUUUCAUCCCAAAGGUGUUCGAUGGGGUUGAGGUCAGGGCUCUGUGCAGGCCAGUCAAGUUCUUCCACACCUAUCUCGACCAACCAUUUCUUUAUGGACCUUGUUUUGUGCACGGGGCAUAGUGAUGCUAAAACAGGAAAGGGCCUUUCCCAAACGGUUGCCACAAAGUUGGAAUCACAGAAUCGUCUAGAAUGUCAAUGUAUGCUGUUGCGUUAAGAUUUCCCUUCACUGGAACUAAGAGGCCUAGCCCAAACCAUGAAAAAAAAGCCCUAGGCCAUUAUUCCUCCUCCACCAAACUUUACAGUUACUCUAUGCAUUGGGGCAGUUAGUGAUCUCCUGGCAUCCGCCAAUCACAGAUUCGUCCGUCGGACUGCCAGAUGGUGAAGCGUGAUUCAUCACUCCAGAGAACGCGUUUCCACUGCUCCAGAGUCCAAUGGCGGCGAGCAUGGUGAUCUUAGCCUUGUGUGCGGCUGCUUGUUCAUGGAAACCUAUUUCAGGACGCUCCCGACUAACAGUUAUUGUGCUUACGUUGCUUCCAGAGGCGGUUUGGAACUAGAUAGUGAGAGUUGCAACCGAGGACAGACUAUUUUUAUGCACUUUAGCACUCGGCGGUCCCGUUCUGUGAGCUUGUGUGGCCUACCACUUUGCGGCUGAACCGUUGUUGCUCCUAGACGUUUCCACUUCACAAUAACAGCACUAACAGUUGACUGGGGCAGCUCUAACAGGGCAGAAAUUUGAUGAACUGACUUGUUAGAAAGGUGGCAUCCUUUGACGGUGCCACGUUGAAAGUCACUGAGCUCUUCAGUACGGCCAUUCUACUGCCAAUGUUUGUCUAUGGAAAUUGCAUGGCUGUGUGCUCGAUUUUAUACACCUGUCAGCAACGGGUGUGGCUGAAAUAGCCGAAUCCACUCAUUUGAAGGGGUGUCCACAUAUUUUUGUAUAUAUCGUGUAUACCCCCUGGAGAAGAGUUUGAUCCCUUUCUCUCGGCCACUUUCCCAUCUGUGCCCUUCUACCUUCGCCCCCUUGUACACUUUCCCACUGUUCCAAUCUCUUUAUUUUAUUUUUAAGACUAAAAUACUUUUCUCUUCAGGUGAAUCUACUCCAGAAAUCUCUGUUAAACCAAAAGGAGGAGCAGAGGAGAGUUCCUAUACUGGAGCAGCAGGUAUUGGCAACGUAAACCGUUCCUGACUCUAGAUUGUGAACUACCUAGUUAUAUAACAUCUCUUAUGCAAUGCAACGUCCAAGAUCUGCAGUGCUCUCUUGAUUUUGUUUUUGUCUAUUCCUCCCAGAUCCAGCUGUCUGCCAAAGACUUUGAAAACGAGAAGCUUGAUCGACAGAGUUUACAGCAUCAGCUGCACAAGGUCCUGAAAGAGCUGCGCAGGGCUCGGGACCAAAUCACAAGACUGGAAUCUAGCAAUCAAGUAAGUGUUGUGACAUGUUGCUUUACACUUCAAUUCUUCACAUUUCUGCUUUUCAAAUGAGCCAUCAUGAAAACAUUUGCUAUCUUCAGAUAAGCGACUGUAGACCAAUUGAUAGAUUUGUAUUUAUUAUUUUCAUUUUCAGAAACUGCAGAGAGAGUCUCGUUUUUCUGAGCCAAGUUCUUCCAACAAGCCUGAGUUUGAGAGGCUCUCCAUUGAGGAUCCAAUUGCCACCUCACCCUCCAAAAACCUCCUGGACGAGAGUUUUCUGGAGUGUCCAAAGUGCAGAGCUCCAUACGCCACCAGUCAGCACAGAGAACUGCUGGCCCACCUUGACUACUGUUUCGCUUGAACAGCCUAUAGGGAAUUAAAAAGGGAGUACAUCUGUCCAGUCUCUGUCUUGCUUUUGUCUUUUAAGAUAUCAUUUUUUACAUUACAAAAUGUUUAUUUCGUGCCGUGUUGUUUUUAAAGUGAAAUGUCAGUGAUCUACUGUAAGAUCCUGAAGAUUUGUUUACCAGUCUUUUGUUUCAAAAUAAAUCAGUGACUAUUUUUGACAAGAAUAAACUUUUUUCUAAAAUUG